GACGUCGGGAUAGGAAUUAGAGCUCGCUCUUGUCUGGCAGACUGUGGUGAGCAGCAAGUGAUAGCAACAACUGACGUUAGAAGUCGUUUGCCCACGAAACCAUCCUAAUUUGAAACGUGAGAGCGGUCUCUGAUUAGUAAAAGCGCUGAACGUCCCUCUGCUGGAGGUGAAAAUGACACAAAGGUAAGCAGCUGUGUGAGUGAUGCAAGGAGCGCCUGCUAGCUUGUUGCCUAGCCGCCUGUAGCUAAUGUUAUCCGGCAGCGCUGGACAACAAACUUUUUAUUAAUAUUGUCUCAUUAUGAUUAAAGUUGCUGCAAUACAGGUGUUAAAUUUUGUGGUCAGUUUGGUAAUUACUGGGUCAGUUGUCUCAAACCAGCGGGUAAAAUCUCACUAAGGGGGAUUUUUUCCACAGACAGCACAGAAAUCACGUUGCUGUAUCUUUUCAUGUGAGCCUUUACAUUUACAAAAGAUGGGUUUAAAAAAAUGCCUGUAAAAGUCAAUAUCUCUGUAAGAAGAGUCAGGGUGAAAUAGCCAUCAGAGAUGACAUGCCUGCAUUAGAGAUGACACACCUGCAGCCUGUAAUGUACAGUGAACAAAGAAAGGAAAAGUCACAGUGAGAUCACUAAUGAUCAUUUUACUGGAAACUCAGUGAUCAUGGACCAACCCAGAUUUGGCCAUGAAAUGAGAUCAUUCUUAUCAGUUCAGUUCAUUGUGUGAUCAGCUUAGAGGGUCAAACUGGAUGAAACACAGACAGGUUUCCUCUUCUCUCGCUAGUAUCUUUCUCUAUAUGCUCUUGAAAAUCACAUUGAAGUCAGGAACCAGUUCUGGGAAAUGUAUUAACGCUGCUCUUUUUUUCUGUGUCUUCAGAUGACUCACCAGUGACUUGGACACCAGUGAUGUGACAGAAUAUGAGGCUGGCUGAGGUCGUGAGACUCUUCAUUGCUUGUUAUGAUUCCUCCUUUAAGCACAUUAACUGUACAGACAUUCACAACAAACAUAUAUUAGAUCAUGUUUGUUGUUAUUUGCACGUGACACAUGACACUUAAAAAAAAAAACAAGCUACAUAAAUCAUUAUCUAGUUUGUUUUGAAUGGAUUCCAGCUGAUAACCAUUGCUGAUGAUGUCACUGGGGGAGCAAUCCCAAAAGUGGUUUCCAACCCAUGUCCAAGCCACUGUUCUUCAGGCAACAGGUUUACAGCCCAAGGGCAAAAAUGGCACCAAUGAUGCCUACACCAUCAUCCAGCUGGGCAAAGAGAAGUACUCAACAUCAGUGGCAGAGAAGACACUUAACCCUGUCUGGAGAGAAGAAGCCUCCUUUGAAUUACCUGGUUUACUAUUGGAGGGCAACCCAGAAGUGUAUGAACUCUGCCUUAUAGUGAUGCAUCGGUCCUUGGUUGGGAUGGACAAGUUCUUGGGUCAGACCACCAUCAACCUUAAUGAAAUCUUUGACAACAAAGAGAGAAAGAAAACUGAGUAAGUAUCAUCAAUUCAAGUAGCAAAUUUCAAAAAUACUUCUCUAUAAUAGACCAGCAAUGUGUAUAUUACCUGGAACAAUGGAGUUCUUUAUUUUAUUAGACUUAACUAUAAGCAGAAUCAUUUCCUAUGAUUUGUACACCUCCACUAAAACAUGUGUCUGUAAAUAAACCUGAUAUCUAUACAGACAUGGGGGUGCAUGGUGGUUUACAAUAUGACACCCACUUAAUGAUGCAUCAUCAGGUGAAGCCACAGUUAAAUCUUAAUCAUUUUUUUGCAGGUUUCUGGUUGACAUGUUCAUAUUGAUCAAAAAUUGUGCAGGAGAAAGUAAAAAGCAGACUUGAUAAGCGUCAUGAGUCUGUGUACUAACUAGUACUUAUACUCUGUGAUGUGUUUGUUGUAUUUCAUGUCACAAAAAUGACUGGAGAUUUCUUGUUUGUGUUUUUAAUUUUCAUAGGGCACUUCCAAUACUGUGUCGUUAGUAAAAAAAAAAAGAAUGAUAUGACCUCUUUUGUGCCCUGACCAGCCAUAAAAUCAUGUCACCUGGGCAGCUUAUGGAACCCAAUGCAACAGCCCCAACGUAAAGUCUACUAUUCUUAAGCUUUUACAGUUUGUCGUCAUGAUCAGACGGGUGAUUAUUGUGCUUAAUCUUGAUUAUUGAAGUCAUAGUGGUGUAAUGGUGCGCAUUAGAUUAAAGGAUGUUCCCUAUAUUUUCCUUCCCUCAUGAAUGUAGUGGACAAAAUCUGAGGAUGCUUGUUUUUAAUAUAACACUCUCCAGUACACCACCACCCUCUUUGUUUUCAAUAAUAUCUGUAAAGUACAACAUUAACCUGUCAGAUCCUGUCCACUAAAACGUAAUAAUAAAAAGCUCUCUGGACAUACACAGUAGAGCUGUUGAAUUGGUGUGCAGUAGACUGCCCAGGUGUUCAUAAUGUUAUGGCUGGUUGCUGCCGCCAAAACAUUAUGAACUUUUAAAGAAACUUAGUAUGCCUCCAGCUCACAGCCAUGAUGUGCUCUUGGUGGGGAAACAGACUUUGAAGAGGAAGUUGAGAAUAUUUUCAGAACUGUUCCAGUCAUAAGUUGAUCACAUCAUAGCAUGAGCUAAAUUUGUUGUUAUUGGUCAAAGCUCUCACAUGCUUCAUCCUCUUUUCCGACAAUACAUAGGGCUCAUUCCUUGUGUCUGACUGCUAUUCUUGUUUUUGGUUUAUGACCUAUAACCUAAGUCCUUUUGCAGCGUAUGAUAUGAAUGCCUCUGCACUGUCUUGUAGUCACAUUUCUGCUUGUCCCAGAGAUAUAAGAUUGAUCUGUUUGAAUUUAAAUCCCAGUAAAUAGAUGGACAAACUCACAGUUCAAACUGAAAUACAGAUAAAAUAAGAAGAAUUUUAUUUAGCUCUGAGGGGAAAUUUGAUACCUUCUUUCCUCUGCAGAAUUAAACAAAUUUACACAGCUCUUAAAGGUCAAGUUGUUCAUGUAUACUCAGUAAGGGACCGCAGAUUGGUUGAACUUGUCCAUCUUGUUGACCCUCUAUACUUGAGGCUUAGCCAUGAAAAGCCCUACAUUGUUGAGGGAUUAUUUUUAGCUUAAUCACUGCCAUGGUUAGCAGCAGUUGGUCUAAUUGAAACUUGUAGAGCUGGCCAAACAUGUCUUGUUAGUCACUCCCAUGCUUUUAGUUAUUUUCUAAAGAGUCACUGUUAAUCAAAAAUGCACUAAUGGCUUGUUUUGCGCAGACUUAACUUAUCCUCCAUUUAUACAAAAUUUCUCCAAAUGCUAUGGUCUUUGCAGCCAAAAUAAGCAUAUUAAAGAGGGGGUAUUGAGCAUUUUUUUCAGACUCUGUACUUCCUCUCUGAUCGCUCUUGAACAUCUUUGCAUGAUUUUCGGAUCAUUGAUACGCUAAAAUUUCUCACAGUGGUGUAGUAAAAUAUUAUUUUAGCCUCUGUCUGUAAACGCUUCGUUUUAGUUGCUGUCUCUUUAAGCCCCCCCCCCCCCACAUGAGCCUACUGUCCUCUAAUUGGCCACCUCUAUGGAAGCUUUCCAGUAAGGAGAGUCUAUUGCAAUGACAAUCAUUUUAGUGGGUCUUGCCUUUUCUUGCAGGCUCCUGUUUUGAGCAGUUAACAUCUAUUUUAUAAGAUUAUGAUGACAUAUGUUAACCUCGUGGUUUAAAACUUUGCAUACAUCGAGUAUGGAUACAAAACUUUGUAAUCUGCAGUUUUUGUGGUAAAUGUGGAAAAGCAUGAUACUGUAGUCCCCCCUGUAAGUAAACUGCAUAAAGAAGUGAUAUUUGCAGUUAGUAGUUGGUGUCUAUCUUAGUCAGUCCUUUCAUUCAAAGGUGAAUCAAAUGGGCUUUUAAGUGUCAAAUGAAAAGGGUUUUAGAUGACUGGAUAGAUAUAGAUUUGCAGGAUUCAUGACUGUAGUAGGACGCAAACACUGAUUACUUGGACCUGCAGUAGAACUCAUUUAUUGAAGCAUUUAUUGAAUUUGUAAAUAAUAAAUAUUAUCUGGACCCAGGGGUAGGGAAGAGCACAAUCAAUACAGAGCGUUUGAUUGUGUGAAGUUUUCUAGUAUAAGGCCUUGAUAAUUGGUUUAGUUUUGAUCAGUAGCUAUGUUAGCUAUGUUUACUUGCAUGCAUGAUCAGACACUGUUUUGUUCAACAGUUACUGUCAGGAUGCUCAGAGAGGUGUCACUUUGCUUCAGAUUUUACUGCAAAUGCAAGAGACAGCAGUGCACUAUGUAAAGGGACCAUUAGGGAGAAAACAAAUAGACUUCAAACAGACUUCAAACUCAAACAGACAUCUGUCCAAGAUACACCCAAAAAAGUUACAGAGGUGCUGAAACUAGGGGUACCUUUCAUCAUUCUUGUAAACUAUUGGUAAUGUUGACAAAUUUUGUCAAUCAAUCACUGUGCUCAAGAUGUUAUAAGGUAUUUCGAUAUUAUCACACCUUGCAGUGAUCCAUCUGUUGUAGGGUUUGUUAAGAGAGCUGUAAUGUGCAUAAAAUUAUAAACCACAGUGCUGUAACUUAGUUAAAAAGUUUCAGCUCCAGACAAACCAACAGAAUCAGUAACUGUGUUAGUGAAUGAAAUGUGUUUUAUACACGUCCAUAAAAUCCCACACAGUUACUCAGUAUUUUGAUGUCAAACAGCAAACUUGUCCUCAAAGGAAACAGUCUUAUCAGCUAGAGCUGAAUGAUUUGGGAAAAUAAUCUACUUGUGAUUUUUUUCCUCAAUAUUGCGAUAUAAUAUGUGAUUGUUUUUACAAGGUCCUCUUCUAAUGUAUUUUUCAAGACAACAAUAAACCAAUCUGCAUUAUAGUAAGCAGUAUCAGAUUUAUUAAACAUAAAUUGCAUGCAUGAAUUGCUGAAUGUAAUUUAUGGAGGUUGACAUGUGUGAUUCGAGGUUAUCAACUUUGGAAUAAACACACGUUCACAUUCUCUCCCUCCCUCCAACUCUUACAGUCUCUCUCUCUCACACACACAACCUCUCUCUGCGCACACGCAAUCAUGCACACACACAUGCACGUACCAUUAUAUACGUCAUGAUACGAAUCUACAUACCGAUAGCGAGAUGUAAAACACUGAAGUUGGGUCUAUUCAUUCAGCUGUGCUGCCAUCAUCUUGUUGGUUACGUUGUCCGUAGUUAUGCAGACAUGGUUUAAAGUUAAAGUGCUGGUCGCUGGUGUUUUAGCCAUUCAACUAUUUAACAUAGCUUUCUAGUGUUUUUUUAAGUGUUGAUAAAGGUUCGUAGUGUUACCUCCUGAUGUAGCAACAGUAGCACAGCAGGUUCUACACACAAUGUGCAGCAGCAUGUUUUUUAGGCAAAAUUAAUCCACACAACUGCUCUGCUGCCCCUCUUUGGUACUAAACAUUCUGCAGUAUCAGCUUCUGUAGUGCACUAGGGCCAUAAUACAGAGCGCAGCGUUGACUUCUCUCCCUGCCUGCUCUGCUGCGCUCCGCUUGCAGAUCACGUGACCAGAAAAUAUCUCAACCUUUGUGGUUAGAAAAUCUCGUUUUAAACACAAUUAAUCGUUCUGCCCUGUUAUCAACAAUAAGGACUCAACUUGGACUUGAGCUGUGGUGACUCAGUGACAACACUAAUAUAUAACUGGAGUCAGUGGUUGACCAGUAUUGUUGCUAAAGCUGGUCGCUGGACUGUUGGUCAAUCUUUGGAGCUGGAAUGAUUUUUUAUUUUUUUUUGUAAGUGAUAAAGUACAACACUUAAAUGAGAAGAACAACCCAACAAAAACAAAAUAUCUCUAGUUAAAUGAUAAUUUUAUUAUAAUUUGCCUUCCUUGGCAUUUAACCAGGAAGAAUUCUCUUGGAUAUCUGUCCAACAAUCUUGUGUCAAUAAACUAGAAAAAAAUUCAAGUUAAUAAAUACUAAUAUUCUUAAAAAUGAAGGAACAAACAAAAUCAAAACAAAAUCAUUUACCAGUCUUUAGUUCCAUGCACAUUGCAAUCUUACAUAGACAUUUAUUUGUACAUUUGCACUAAGAGGGAUUGUACUUAAUUGCAUUGUAAAUGUAGAAUGACAAGAAACAUACUCUAUUGUAUUCUAUCAUUUUAUCUUUUAACAUGGAUUUUAAUUACUUUAUGAAUUGGUAAAACACAAAGGGGUAUGCAACAGAUUUCAGACAUGAGAAAUAUUAAUGACAAAAUCUGUAUAAAACUGCAUUACACCAUAAAUUAAACUCUGUAAAAUAUUAACCAGAAAUGGUUUGAGAUUUGAUAUUCUGUCAUCUAGCGCAAAACUUAUCAUUUAAAAAAUAUGAUGAUUGGAAAAAUUUGAACAAAUAGUUAUAGCAGGUUGCACAGCACAUAUAGUGAAGGGUAAAGGCUCAAAACUAAGUUUAUCACCACCCUCCUAACAUUGUUCACCAGCUCCCAUACAAACAGACAUUCAUUUAUUUUUCCUAAUAAGCUUUGUGAGUGCAGGUAUUGGCAUAAAUUGCCACUUUUUUGGCUGACCAUUUGUACUUGGCUAAAAGUUGUGCUAUGAAUCCUUACAAAUUUUUUAAUGCUUCAUGAAUGAAACACUUUGAAAACAUGAACAAAAUAAUCCAGUUCGGUAUGUUUUUCAGCCAGAAGAAUCACAAUCAGUGAUAAUUAUGGGUUUUAUUAGUUUGAGGUAUCUUUAAGAAUAAGAGUAAGAUCUUUAUGAAGCACCCUGAGGCCUUUCACUUGACCUGCAGCCCCUGAUGUGCUCACAUGGCUUGUUGGUCCAGUCCCACACUGCAGACUCAGUGGACAGUGGUGCUCAGACCAAUGAUAGUUCUCGACACUCCACAGUGGGUCUGUGUUCACCACUGCCCAUCUGCAGUGUUUUUGAACUUGACACAUUAGGGAGGAAAGUCUACCAUGAUAUCUGACUAGGCAGCCCGUAAUUAUCGUACACCUGUGUUUGUUGAUUGUGAGAAGUUUCCCAGCGGCCUGCACCCAAGUGGGAGGAUUGUGGUUCCAAGCACAGGCAGGUUUAUCUUGGCCUUGAAACUCACGUGAGGAACACUCUCGGCCCCCACGGCAGUGGCACACUGUGGCUGCAGAUCAGACUGAGCACUGCACGCAGCCUGGGAAUCAGACCCAGCUGGGCCUUUCAUGACUGAGCUCAAUGACUUGGCUUCUGACAGUUCAAAAUACCAUUCAACAGCUGCAGUUGUUCAACAGCCGAUACCAGCCGUUGUUCUGGAUUUAGCUGACAACUGAUUUUCACGCUGAAAUUCAGGGGGUAUAUCAGUGUCCAUCGUAACACAGUAGGAAGUGACAUUGUGUGAAAACCAAUACAUCUUUGUGACUAAAUUGAUUAUACAGGUUUAGGAACAAUGCAAGUCUUUGCUGGGCUUUAGAGAAACCUCCUGUCACUCAUAUUGGUUUACAGAAACAGUAAACAGUGCAUUACAACACUCAGUGAUGCAGCCCUGUUGUGGUAAACCAAGAGACCUCAUAGCUCACAUGUCCCAUAGAGGAGUCUGGUACUUCAGGGUUUAGCCAGGCUCUGGAUAAACAUUACAACUGCCGUGUGGGCAUGAAUACAAGCCUCUUACCAUCUUACACAAACAGAAUCUAUUUGAUAGGGCAGCUCCAUUAUGGCAAAAACCCUGAUCACAGUCAUGUUGAUUUGUAUUUAUAUCACAAUUAUUAAAAGCAGUUACCCAUGAUUUCACAUCUGCAUCACAUGCAUUUAGGCAGCUUACAAUUUCUUAAAAACUUAAAACUCUUUAACAAACACAAGAGUGGUUCAAAAACUGUUAAGUCUGUUGUUUUGUUUAGUGUUUAACAUCUGUUAAAGCAUCAAGAUGCAUGCACCUGCUCCUCUCCCUGCUCUCCUCCCGCCUCCUCCUGCUCCUCUCCUCUCCCUGUUCUCCUCUCUCCUCUCCCUGCUCUCCUGCUCCUCUCAUCUCUUCACUCCCUGCUCUCCAUCUCCUCUCCCUGCUCUCCUCAUCUGCUCCUUCUCCUCUCCCUGCCUUCUGCUCAUCUCCUCCUGCUCCGCUCCCUGCUCUCCUCAUUUCCUCCUGCUCCUCUCCCUGCCUUCCUCUCAUCUCCUCCUGCUCUGCUCCCUGCUCUCCUCUGUCCUCCUCUUCUUCUUCUUCCCUCUCCUUCUCCUCCUCCUGCUCCUCUCCCUGCCUUCUUCUCAUUUCCUCCUUCUCUGCUCCCUGUUCCCCUCUGUCCUCCUCCCGCUCCUUUCCUCUCUCCUUUGCAUGAAAAGAGACGCCAUUGAUAAAGUUCGAUUGUCCAUUGUUUGGUUGAUCAUUUGUUUGUGGCAUUUUCUUUGAUUUUUAGUUGAUAUUGAUGAGUGCCUUACGCAGGUGAAUAGAAGUUUAUUUUUUGCACUUAGAAAUAACAGAAAUUGUUUAACUUAUAAAAUCAAACUUAAAUACACCUCAGUGAAUAAAAGGUGAUACCUUAAUUUAAAUCAUUUGAUAGCAUGAUUUGAUAACCUAAUAGUAAAUAUUUAAUACAUGAAGUAAUCACAGGGUAUUUACUGCUUUAGAGUUUAAUAAUAAUUUAAAAUAAUUCAAUGUAUAAUAAAAAUAGUUUAAAAUGUGUAGCAUUGUAUCAUUUAAUAGUUAGUUCUUGUUAUAUAAAAAUACUUGCUUUGAUAGAUCAUAAAUAAACAUAGAUAAUUGCAUUCUAUGAUGAUAACCUAAACUAAUCAAUUGUUUAAAAGAACUCACUUUUCUUAGAUGUAUGUACACAUCUUUUGAGGAGUUGAAUUUGAGUGUUUGGGUUUCAAAGCUGUUAAUAGAAAUUAAAGAAUUCAAGAAUCAUAGACACUUGCAGAUGAGAGAUUUUAUUAUAUUUAUUUACACCUCCAGAACUUUAUUUACUAACAUGUAUUCUUUCUCCUAUUUCACUUCAAUGUUAGUAUCAACCUAUUUCAUCCAGUGUUUAAUAAAGCUGUGAAGCUGGAAUAAAGUUGUCCCACCGUCCUCUGUUGCUUCUCAGCCUCUCAAGUUCAGACAAAUCAAAAAGAACUUGACAGAUCACAAGAGCCUUACCCAGGUAUUCCACCGCGUGCAGAUCCACUCCGCUCCGGAACCGCAGGCGGAUCAAUUACGCAAGCAUACAGCGCCCACCGGAUCCGAUCCACUGCAGCAAGCGGAGGAGAAGUGCUUGCGAUAUUACCGAUAUUUCUCGCAAGACUGGACAAGAUCUUGCAUGUUUCACCAUGAGACAUUGAAUAAGACCGGCGGUGUAUAUAAACACCUACAUUUCAACGUAUUGACUUUAUUUUAUAUUGAAAAUUAACCAGAUAUUUUACUCUGUAGCCGCAUACAACUUCUGCUGCCACUCAUGCUGCGCUGCACUGAAUUAAUGCGUUGUGCUGCAGCGUCCGAAAAAAUAGAAGCCUUGCGUAUCUGAUCCGACUGCCGGAGUGGAUCCACAGCGGCAGACGGAUUGUGUGGAAUUGCACACAUUGAUUAUAAUGCUUGCGUAUUUGAAUUGCCUUCCGUUCCAGAGCAGAGCACAGCCGCUCCGUAUCCUGUGGAAUUUAGCCGUAACUGCUGUAGGGCUAAUGUCGAGGUAACUGAAAGGAAUGACACCUCUAAAGUUAGCCUCCACAACAACACUUGUGAAAUGCUUAACAAUGGGAUCAUAUUAGGAGUUCACUAUUAAUUUUGAUAGCAUCAAGCAUCCUCUGAGAUUUUAGACAUAACACAUGGACUGACUAUUGACACCAUCUGGUCUGGUCCUGGUUUCCUAAAGAACAUUGUUAUAAGCUCUCUUUCACAGUGAAUGGGCCUCAUUAGCAUAUAUGAAGUGUUUGCUUCCCCAGCUUUGUAGUUUCCCUGUUGCUGAAUGGUGCAUAUCUGAACAAAGGCCAGAUUUGUGCAAAUGCCACUUUAUUUUGCUCAGAGUGAAAGCAUAAAUCCCAUUACCUCCAAUUGAAAGCAUAGUUUAAACAAGUAGGAUCCCAAAAGCAGGCUUGAAUUAUCUGUUCCAUUUCGCAGCAGGCGAUUUCUUUUGCUCAGUGUGCAGAGAAGCAAAUGUAUUCUCCAAACUGUGUUCAAAUUACAUUUGCCUGUGUCAAACUAUCUGUUCUAGCUCCUGCAUUUGUACAUAGCUUUUUGAUAAGUGUGCUUUAAUUAUCCUCUUGUUGUGGGAAAAGAGAAGUAGGAGCACAUUUAAAAGCACAGUUUACUUGAGUGGGGUUGAAUGCACUUGACCUCAUAACGAUGCUAAAUCCUUUUGAUUAACAAACUUUUCUGAAAUCCUUUAAAUUCUCAUAUUGGAUUUCCUGUCCUCGGUUUUCAGAUGGUAUCCCAUAGAGUCUAAACCAGGGAAGAAAAGGAAAGAACGAGGUCAAAUCCAAGUCAGCAUCCAGUUCAUGAGGAACAACAUGACAGCCAGCAUGUUUGACCUCUCCAUGAAGGAGAAGCCCCGCUCCCCUUUUUCAAAACUGAAGGACAAAAUGAAGGGACGUAAACACGACAGCGGCUUAAGUGACACAUCUUCAGCCAUCCUGCCUCGCUCUGCUGUGUGUGACUCUGAGCCUAAACGCCAGCCCCUAGAACCACAGUCCCAGCCCGAAGUUAAGAUCAAGAGGCCACUACUCGCUGGGACCCACAAACUCUCUGCAGCCCAUUCCAUGUCAGAUCUCAUUGGGACCCACUUUCGACCAAAACUAGACUCCAUGAACUCCAUUGAAGAGACGGGUGAGGAGCAAGGCUUUCAAUUUUAGUUUGGGGGGAUUUGAAUUGAAAAACUUCUUGGGCUUGCUGCAGGUCAUCAGGGACUAGAUAAAGAUUAUUUUGGUGACACCAAAUGGAUUUCUUUACCAACUGAUUCUUUGGUGAGAAUUUAGGGAUUUUAGCAUUUUUAACUUUUUAUUUCUUUGUCAAAAGAAAGAGGACAAAAAAGAGAGGGGCCUCUGAAAAGUUACAGUGAAAUCUGGAUAAAAGGUCUUGUUCUUACACGCAAGAACAUGAUGAUAUUGGCUCUAGAUGCAUAGUUCCAGCUGGCCCCUUCCUUUAAGUAAAGUGAUUCACAAACACAAGGUCAUUUACACCGAUCACACCUAAAUCCACAUGAAACCAGCACAGAUGCAUAUUUCUUAAUUUAGAGUUUUAUUUGUUGAAUUCUUGAGAAACCAACCAUAUCAUAAUUUGACAGCAUGCUUUUGUUUCUCUUCCAGGGAUCACAGGCGGCCCUCACAAGCGUUCCCAGAGCGAGGUGCCAGGCUACCAGGAUAGCGAGGUACACAGUGACCCUUUCACUGAUAUCGGCGAUACCCUGCCACAAAAGUAUGCCACGCUCCCACGCAACCGCAACCCAUUUGAGGGGGAGCACGGGCAGCUGUGGGACCGGGCCGAGCGGAAGGAGAAAAAGGAGAAGGUCAGCCUACUAGAACGUGUAACGGGGAAGAAGGAAGGUCGCAAGACCAACGGGGGGCGUUCGGGUAGCUCCGGAGAUCUGCGCUCUUCCAACCCCUUUAGCGGAGACUCGCAAGCAGACACCAACCCGUUCACUUCCACCUUCAAAUCCAGGUAGUCACUCUGUAUUUGGUGGAGUUCAUCAGAUGAAAUCACAUCACACUGCUCUUCCUCAGCGUUGCAUCAUUUCACAUAGUUGCACUCUGUCAUUCACUCUGUCAACUUACAGCAUAACAGUUAUUUCACAUUUAUAGAUCAAUGUUGUUUCUCUUAGCUGAUACAGAAAAGGGAUAAAGAUGAUCAUAAAAACAUAAAAUGUUAAAGCAGGUGGGCAUAAUGGAUAUCUGGAUAUCUUCUCUAUUUUUAUUGUACCUACAAGCUGUUCAACUUUCCAGUAGUACAUGUACAUUUGUUAUUCUGUAAAUCUAAUUGACUUAAUAAUGACUUAAUAAUUUUAACCUUUAACACUAUUUAGCCUUUUUAAAGAGGCACUGACAGCUGCAUGGAUGAUGCAGACAAGUAGAGAGUUCAGGAGGAGUGACAUGUUCCUUCAUAAAACUCAUAGGAUAAUAAAAAACAUAAAAAAGUGAAUAUAGUUCUUCUCUGAGUUUGGUUUGUUUGGAUAGUUUUACAUUUUCUAUCAUUGAGAGUGCAUGUGGUACUUCAUGACUAACUUUCCACAACCCUGAUGACAUCAAAGAAGUGUCUAAACUGUUGAUGAGAACAGAUUUGGUCUAGUCUAGAGUUCAAUCCCCACUCUUAUGGAGUGUCAUGUUAAGAUAAGAUAAACCUUUAUUCAUCCCACAGUGGGGAAAUCUGCUGUGUUAAAGCAGCACAGCACAGCAAACAUAGAAGAAUAAGUCACUGCACACAGUGCACAGAUAAUUAUUAAGAGUUAACCUAGACCUCUUCAAAAAAGAGAAAAAAAUGGAGGCGUCAAUAACAACCAAAGACUAAAGCGCUUCUACACAGUGAAUAAGUUCCUCUAGUUUUUCUGUUGUUGAUUUUUUCCUCAUUUUUAUAUAUAAAAUAUUUUGUCUAGGUCUAAGUCAACUUUUUAUAAUAAUCUGUGGACUGUCUGCUUGAAAGUUAUAUCACAAUUUUCUCCAUUCUUGAAAUGUAGUAUCAGCUCUAAUGGAAAUGAUCUGCAGACAACACUUGCAUGCAUCUCUGCAGCAGCAGGGGAUCUUUCUCUCUUUCUGUGUUUUGAUCAUGACACUAAGACAUUCUCAUGCUUGUUGAAUACUUGAUGGACUGAAGUGUAGUAUCUGAUCUGUCCCAUUUUAUUGUCAGUGUUUUUCUGGUUGAAAACUUACAGAGAGGGUGCUCCAUGUAUUUCGUGUCUUACAUAAAAGGGUUUGUGAGUACUGUGGCUAUAUUCUGGUUUAACUGAGUGGAAGGUGUCAUUAGUGGCUCUUCAGAGUGCUUGGGUUUGAUAACAGAGCCCUCUGAGCUAUGGUAAUGAGAUCCUCCACAGAGAUAGACCACCCAAUUAACCACUUAUCUUUGUAGGCACUAGUCUAUCAUCUUUACUGCCUUUGUCACACAGCAGCUCAGUGGUCAUUUCAAAUCUGCUGUAGACGAUGAUUUAUAGACUUCUAUUUAUUGAUGAAUACAUAUAGUGUCAUUAAAAAACACGCCAUAUUUCAUAUUUUGUUCCACAACUUAAGGUAUAUGUAUAAUGGUGAUAAUCAUGUCAGAAAUAUCCACUCCAUGUAAGUACUGACAUUGUCUUUGUUUGUUUGCAGUGAUAAAAAGUCAAGAAAUGAAGAAAUAAUCCUCGGCCAGAAAAAGAAGGACAUCAAUGGCAAAAAACCUGUAAGAACGCUGACCUGUCCUGUGAAAGGAAAUGAUCUGUCUGAAGAUGUUGUUGCACAUCAUUAGUUUGACUGCAGAGUGAUUGAGAGGGCAGGAGAGAAGACGUGUGUCAUUCCUGCGCCUAUAUUGUGAUACACAUUUUUAAUUGGGGACCUGUUGUUAAGUUUUACAAAGCAGCUGGUGACCCCUGGGGGCUCUGAAAUUCAGAUGUGUUAUUUGCCUAAUUGGACAAUUUGGUCACCAUGUCUGAGCUGAGUUUAAUUUGAGGUGGUGUGAAAGUUUGGUCUUUAAGGUCAGUCCUUGUUUCUCUCUGAUUUCAGACAGAAAAAAGAGAACUAUCACUAGUUAUUCUUCCCAAUGAUUGGGACACAUUUAGGUUUAGUUUCAGUUUUAUUGUCAUUUGUCUAUUAUUUACUUACGUUUCUUAAUGUAUUUAUUUUACACAUAAGAAGGGCUAGUAAUUGCAGAAUGGAUGAGGGAGCUGUUGGUGUAGUCGCUUCAGUGACACCUAAAUGAGAGAGAGAGAAUGCUGAUAAUGGCUUUCCUCACCUUCCUUUGUGAGUGUUGAGGGCUUCCGGUAUCCACAUUUUCCGCCGUUGUAUGCUGCAGUGGCUUACAGAAAUGGCAGAUCCCUUUUCCUUUGCUCCAAGGCCCUAAUUAACCAAACACAUGGGGGACAGAGAAGUGGGAGAGAUUUCAAAGAACCAGGGCUUUUAGAUUCUCAAAGCUGAGCUCAUUAGAAACUGUAAUGACACAACUGGAGAAUGCCAAGUGUGUGUGCCUUAUCUUCUCACCACUGAUCGCAGAAAAAUGGUCAUCAUUACUUUGCCAAUUCAUGGUAAUUUCCAGGCCUUUGUCAACAUUGACUAAAGCUUAUUAAUAUUAUGCAGUGUGUAGAGGCAGAGCACAGACACGGGGACAUGCUUGUAAGUAAAACCACAUCACAUAGGGCUUGAAGUUUUCUUCUUUGCACUCAUGGCUGAAUGCAGUACCUAUCCGUGACAUGCUCUUUCUGGGGGGGGGGGACAAAAAACAAUAAUUCUUACCUAUUCCUGAAGCCCUCCUCACUUUGGACAUCUAAUCAGAGGCAAAUAUGUUAUUUUGAUCUGUGUUGCCCCAUGGUAGCCUUUAUACUGUUGGAGGCGAUAAGGUAGUGGUACGCGGUCACACACUGACUCUUUUUGCACAGUCUUUCUGCGUCAGUAGUGGCUUGAAUGCUGCAUGGGAGUCAAAGCUGAUAAGUGUGGUAUUUUAAAUAGGAUGAAGGCUUUGCUGCCCUGCCCGCCCAAGGGAGGAUGCCCAGCACUAAAGUGAUGAAGUGGCCCCUCAUUAAAAAGGAUUGCAGUUUUUACUCAUGCAAUAUGAUCUGCACAUACCUUACAACUGAUCUUCAGCCUAAUAGGUUGUUCUUGAAGAGCAGAGCUGAGCUGGGGUUGCAUUAAAUAUUCAGUUCUUUAGAAACCUCUGUAUCAUGACGUUUUGAGAGCUUGGUUUACAUCUAAAUUCCUAAACCUUCUCUGUGCAGACAGACUGUGCUCUGAGAUCAUUGAAACUCAAAAAAAGCACCUGAGCAUCAGUUAAAUUACUCUUGGUUCAUUAUUAACACCCCAAAACAGUCCUCACAUGUCAGUGCUCAAUCUCUUGUUUAAUCUCAUUUAAAUGCCUUUUUAGCCUCAUUAGCCUUUUUAGCAAUAAAGAAGGGGUUAACACAUGGCAACUUAAAACACUGAAGACAUUAUAGAGUUAUGGUAGAAAACCUGAACUGUUGGGCAGCUAAAACCCUGACUCCAGCUGGAGUAGGGCAACUUUCAGCAGUCAUGAUCAUCACUCCAGAAACUGGUGUCCUCAGCUCUGAAAUGAUGUUAAAGGAAGAGGUGAUGUAACACAGCAGUAAACGUGCCUCUAUCCCUGUCCUUUUUAAACAUGUCGCUGGCAUCAAAUUUAAAUUCUUGUAUCAGUGUGCCAAUGUUUUGGAAUUGAGGUUGUUAAUAGACUAUUUCCUUUUUGCAUAACAAAGACAUUAUUUUCAGAAUUUUAUGUGUCAUAUGCUUUGUUUAAUUUUGUCAAAUAUUUUGGUCUCCUUUUUGAUGUUUUUUUCCCCAUUUGUUUUUUUACAAACAUCUAUGCCCAAUCUUCUCAUCAUAAAUACUGUAACCUUAUUUAGAUAUUAAGAUUAAGCAUCAACUAAUAAUCAGCACGGCCAAUAAUAUCGGCCGAUAUUCGGCAUUUUUACAAUAAUCAGCAUCAGCUAUUUUUUUCUUCCACUGAUAGCCGAUAAAAUACAUUUAUUUUAAAAUGUGCUAGUUUGGCUCUUACACAAUUGCUUCUUCAUUCCCAAAGUCACCACUCUUGGCUCUGCAACAUUUCCCGCCUAGCCUGGCUGGGCGUUCCAGUUGCGUGAAUCACUUGCCGUUCCUUCUCACAACAGUCUGGACUUCGGCCAAUUGGGAGCCCUAAAAGUGGGCGGGAGCACUUUCCUUGAUAGACAGACUACUGUAACCAGUCACCGUAACCAAACAUCUGACGUCAUCACAGUGCGCAACUUUGUUCCCUGCUGGGCUCUCAAGCAUCAAGUAAAGGUUUGGUAAUAUUUCAACGUGUGCGAGCAAACAAUGUCUUUUACGUCUUCUUCUGCGGAUAUAAACGAUAUCUGCCGACUUUGCAAAGUCAACUGCAGAAUUUACGGCGUUCUGAAUGAACGGGACUUUGAAAAGUCCCGCAGCAUGUGUUAGACGGCACAUCUACACAUGGACCAAUCAGGGGCUGCCUUUCCCUGUUGUCCGGGGAACAGUGGAAACACAGUCACUGAUUGGCCCGGUUAUUUUCUGAUUUCUAAUACAUGCUUCCAAUUGGCCGAAGUCCAGACUGUUGUGGGAAGGAACAGCAAGUGAUUCACGCAACUGGAUGGCCUAGCCAGGCUAUAUCCCGCCUACAGUCCCCACUGAUUGGCUACACAGACAGCCAAUCAAUAGAAUAGAAUAGAAUAUUCCUUUAUUGAUCCCCCAUGGGGGAAAUUUAUUUUGUCACAGCAGCAUCACAGACAAAGAGUGCAAAAAUGCAGUUAUAAAAAUAAAGAUCCUAAUAUUAAGAACUUAAAUGUAAUAAUUCAGAAAAAAUUUGAAAAAGGGAGAAUAAAAAUAAAAAGUAUCUACAAUAUACACAAUUUAAAUGCCAGAAAAAAGUGGUGGUGUGAGUCCAGUUAUUAUUACAGUUCGUUGUAAAGUCUUAUUGCAGAAGGGAGGAAUGACCUGCGGUAGCGCUCUGUCUUGCAGGGUGGAAGUGUCAGUCUGCUGCUGAAGGAGCUGCUUAAAGCCCCCACAGUCUGGUGCAGUGGGUGAGAGGGAUUGUCCAUGAUGGAUACAAGCUUUGCUAACAUCCUCCUCUCACCCACCUCCUCCAGGGAGUCCAAAGAACAGUCCAGGACAGAACUGGCCCUCCUGACCAGUCUAUUCAGUCUCUUCCUGUCCCUCUCGGUGCCCCCUGCCCCCCAGCAGACCACUGCAUAGAAAAGUGCAGAUGCUACCACAGAGUCAUAGAAAGUCCCGAGCAGAGUCCUGCACACUCCAAAGGAACUCAGUCUCCUCAGCCAGUGGAAACACAACUUUGGCCCUUCUUGUACAAGACGUCUGUGUUGGUUGACCAGUCCAGUUUAUUGUUGAGGUGGACACCCAGGAAUCUGUAGGACUCCACCAUCUCGAUGUCCAGACCCUGUAUGUUCACUGGAACAGUCUGAGGUGUCCUCCUCCUGCAGAAAUCCACAACCAUCUCCUUUGUCUUACUGGCGUUUAGCUAGAGGUGGUUUGUGCCACACCAGUUGACAAAGUUACUGAUAACAGUCCUGUAUUCCCGCUCAUCCCCUGACAAUACAGAUCCGACGAUGGCUGUGUCAUCAGAGAACUUGUGGAGGUGACAGCUCCCAGAGUUGUAGCUGGAGUUUGAAAAUACUCAAGCUUCUAAGUGCAGCUCCACAGUGUGGGAGAGAUGUGAGACUCCUGUUCCUUUCACUGAUGUUUAUUAACACCGUAGAACUAAAAGCUCAAGUAAACAAAUUAAAAGCCAACAUCAGCUAUGGUAAUCAUUCCAUGAAUGGCAUUGUUAAGCACUAUAGCCAAUAAAGAAUACACAGAGUAAUACAGACCACUUUAGCCUGUUUCUCAACAAAUGGCAGUCAUUCCCUCGAGGCAAUCUUCACAGUCAAAACUAAGAUCUUUCAACUUACACGUCUCAUGAAACCACAUGCCUACAGUUAUAACAAACAACAUGAAGCAUGGAGAAAUAAAGCAAAAGAAACAAGCUAGCAGGUAACACCACGGCUCGAGGUGGUUCAUGGUGUUUGUGGCUGUGUCCGAAAUGAAUCACUCAAUCCCUAACCCCUAACCCCCAUAUGGGGUUUCACUAUAUAGCUGACUAUGUAGUGAGUUCAAUCACCGGAGGUUUCAGACACUACAUGGCAAGACGUAAUGCAUGACGGGAUGCCCACCACGGGUGAGUGACCAUCUGACGGUCACUACAUUUUGCAAUGCUCUAUGGGAAAUUUUGAGUCGCCUAUAUGGGGCAUUGGAAUGGAUCACUCAGGUUUCGGACACCCCUCAAAAUGGCGCUAACCCCCAUAUAGUUGCCUAUAUAAGGGUUAGGGAUCCAUUUCGGACACAGCCUGUGAAUCUUAUGGCAUGUGAAUCUUACGGCAUGUGCUACUUCUGGUUCUUUUCUUAUUUCAAAAUAAAAGGCCAAUCGGUUCUAAAUAUCAGUUAUUGGUUUCCUUGAUGACUAAAAAUCUGUAUCAGCCCUAAAAAAAAACAUAUCGAUCAAUCCUUAAUAUAGAUAUUAUAUAUGUUGUCUGUUUCAGGUCACACAGGAGAGUGCAGCUGCCUAUAGCAACCUAACUUUUGAGGAAAUCGUCCAGGAACUCAUUAAGCAGAAGGAAGUGGUUAAGAAGAAAGACGCCCACAUAAGGGAGCUGGAAGACUACAUCGAUAACCUGCUUGUGCGCGUCAUGGAGGAGACCCCGAGCAUCCUACGGACACCCUAUGAGCCAAAAAAGAAGGCUGGUAAACUCAGCAAGAAAUAAAAUGAAACAAAGAGAAGCAGAGGGGAAGUUUAAAGAUGAAGACGUAGAGGUGGCUCAAGUACUGUGUGUUUAAAAACAGAGGUAUGGGAUUAAUCCAAGCCAAAUUUAUGAUUAAGUUAUAUCAUAGCUUCAGAAAAGUUUUAAACUGCAAACAUGUUGAUUUUUUGAGGAUUUCUCUCCUUUUUUUUUAUUUUAGUUCAUACAAGUUAGUUUGCUCUAGUUUGGGCCCAAGAUUCAUUCCAAUAUUUCCCCUUAAUUUAGGAGAUGUUGUUGUGUGCCCUUUUUAGGAUAUUAAAACAGAGAUGAUUAGAGAAAAUUAUCUGCUGUAUGAAGAAUCAUCUCAUACAUGUUCCUUACAAAGGUUAGGUUUCACUAGUGUGUGUGUCAACUCUUAAAGCUACAUAGAUCUGUGACACUUACACCACUGAUAUCUGCUCAGAAAUCCUUAAGGUGCAUAUAGAUUAAGGUUGUCAAAAAUUUUGAUACUCCAAUACUUUUCAAUGAAACAUGCUUUAUAGUAUCAAAACGCACCAAAGCAUUUGAAGAAAGAAACGAUCCACACUCAUAUUUUCAACCAGAUGCUGCCGCAAGAGACUGAAAGUAAGAGAGCAAGCAGCACUGGUCAGAGACACAGAGACAUAGAGACCCAGUGAGUGCUGGUGAUGAAAAGUUGUUUAAAGCUAAAAAAAAAAAAAAAAAGAUGAAGAGUUAAUUUCUGUUUUUUUUUUUUUGUUUUUUUUUCCCACCAGCGGUGACACUCUAGAUAUAACAAACAGGUCCACAGCUAAACAUCAUCAUCAAGAGGGUGAAGGAUAUGGUUUGCUCGCAGCUGAAGUUUUUCUUGCUUGCUGCAAGUGUCUCUCAGCCACGCCCACCAACACAGUUGUUACAAUAGUCUCCUCAUACAUAGGUUGGCUAAUACCAAUGUUUUCUUGAGUGCUUUAGCAUUUACCUGUCAUGAAGAGACUUGUUAGGUUGAUGGCCUUAACCAAAACUUCAAAUCCAAACAAAUACUGUUGCAGAUAUGACGGUUGCCCUUGCAGUUGCCAAUCAAAGGAAAGCUGUUCUUCUUUUGACGUGAUUGUGAAAAUGCUAGCUCUUAUGCUUGACUACCUGUUAACAGGCUAACAACUGAAAAUAUCAGCUGUUAACUCUCGUUACUCAACUUCUAGCAGAAGCAAAGGUCUGUGAAAAUCACAAAGUUUGUGAAAAGGUGAAAAUUAACCCUGAAAAAUUACAACAGUGACAUUGGGUGGUACGCCAAUUUUAACAUAUUCAAUUCAUGUUGUGGUUUUGGUGCAGCUCUUUAUUUUUGGUUUUUGUUAUGUAAUGUUGAAAACUCAUUAACUCUCUGCUCCUUGUCCUCUUCCAAGUUCUUCCAUCUUUAAAAAUGAUGCACUAAGACAACCAGUAUUUAAGGAGGUCUUUACACCUACUCAGAACUUGAUGUAAGAUUGAAGUUGUGACUGGUAAACUCCAUCUUCAAUCAGAAAUGAUGUCUGAACUUCGAUUUAACUUACAGCUGGUGCAACCCAGUGUUAAUCCCUGUGUGUUUUCUAGACAGUUGACAGGGAGCUUCUCAGCACUAUACAAUAACCAACAGACGUCAAAGUGUUGUAAUGUCUGCAAACACCACCACACACUUCCCCUCCAUUUGAAUGAUGCUUGAGGGAAAUGUGUACUUUAGUCAUAAAUAAUUUUCAUGAAAAAUCUGAUUGAUUUAGCUUUUCAUUGCUAUCAACAGUUUGCCAGGUUUGUUUUUUUUUGUGACUUUGCUGCAGAUUAGAAAUCAAACUUUACCAAAACUACUCUUGUUAGUGCCAAGGAGUUCAUUUUUGUUGCUGUGAUAGAAACACUAUUUUAUUUCACAGGUUUGGUAUUGAAAUGAAAUUUCUGGUAAUGUCAUGACGCUUAUUUUAGAGCCAAACACUUGUUUACCAUUUCUUUUUUUAAGGACGGUCAGGCCUUCGAUGAAACUAAGCUGCUGAUCAUGUGUUUAUGCUUCAACUGUUGGCCCUGAAGUACAUCGAACAGGCUACAGAUGUGGAUGAAAUCCUCGUUCUUACUUGAUAGCCUCAGUGUCUUAUUGUUAUUGUCCGUUAAACUGAAAGAGAGUUUUAGAAAGCAAACAAACAUUCCUGUUUUCAGCUGCUGAUUUCACAGACUUUAUUUGGCUGUCAUUGAUGGCCAUCACCUUGUUUCUAAGGGUCUAGCACUCAAAAACUUUACUGACUUUUAAGUGCAAUAAUCACACCUUUUGUCCUGUUUACACUUAGUCACAUCUCUAAAUAUUGAUUUGAUUCUCUGGAAGAGUGGAGAUGGUUGUUACUGUUUCACUGAACAGCCUUUAUCUCUAAUACAGAUUGUAUAUCUGGUACCUGCUGGUCUAUGUGGAUUGCAAUGAACAAUCAUUAUUUAUAAAUAUUCCAUUGCUCAUUAACUCAUAAAAAUGUGUUUAUUUAUACGUUUGGUGCUGAAUGGUGAAAAUGUUACUCAAUCCCAUACCCCCCUAAACCCCCCCCCCCCCCCCCCACACACACACACACACACACACACACACACACACACACACACACACACACACACACACACUAAAGUAAAGACAGAGUUAUUGCCUUACUGUAAUUUGCAUCAGCAUAGCUUUUGUACCCUGAAAGUCUGGAUUUGAAUGAGUGACAUACUGUGCCUCAGUGUACUGGAACUGUUUUUAAAGUUCAUAUAUGUAUAAGGUACAUGUUUCCUUCAGGUUUCCAGAGUUCUAAUGAGAAUAGUUUCCUCAUUGUUCAAGAUAAACACCCACUCAGUCUCACUGAGGUCACAAAUAUUUUUGACAGUUUAUGUCAGCUUUUUUCUUUGUCUUUUUAAAUGUGUUGUCAAUCUGUGAUGCUAAUGUCACAGUAACAGCUGUUGUUUUCAUGAUACUCUUUUUUUAUUGAACAUUUGCUGAGCUGCUGCAGAGUUAGCAGUUGGACUGCACUGCUGGUACUAAAAUGAACUAAAUGACUACUUACAGGUUAACCAAGACUUUACUAUCUUUACCUUGAUUGUACUGGAUGUUUAACUAAAGUAUAAUAGCCUGUUUUAUGUUUUGGCUAUCAUUUUUAUUUGUUUACUGCUUUUGCACAGAAAUCAGCUGUACAGAGCUGGACAUGCUUUAUAAUCUCAGUACUUGUACUUGAGUUAAACUCUAAUUUGAUGACAUUUGGCAUCAUUAUGACAGAAAAACCCUUGUUUGUGUUUGUGCCGGUACUCAUUCUGGUUUCUGAUGAUUUUAGAGUACGUUUACAUGAUUUUCAGUAAAGUGGAGCUAGGCUCAUAGCUCAAUAAGGUGAUUUAACUGGACUUCAGUCGACAAGCACAGGGUGAGACUGGAGUUAUUGACAAAGGCGCAUCCACCUCCACUUUGGUAGGUGUCAGUAUUCCCCUUUUCAGCUUAUUACUCUUGGUCCAUCUCUGGGGUCAACUUAUUGUGUCACACUCCAACACACUUGACAAACGUGUUAGCAAGAGACUAACACUUGGUGUGUGGAGCAAUGAAAGCACUGGCAACUUUUCUGUUCCCCCUUCUCUUCUGUCAAGGUUUUGUUUACUACCUGGUUCUCUACAAGGCAUUUGAGCCGUUCACUAACCAGGUCAAGGCCCAAUGUGUGUACUGUGGAGCAUGGGCAGCACACAGAGUUUGUGGCAGUUUGAAGCAUAUACAUGGAGAGGGAACUGUAUUAUUGGGGUAUGUUAGUCAAGCUGAGAGAAAUCUGAUGUAAGACCAUUUCAGUCAGACUUACAUGUUAACAUGUAUACAGAAGCCUAGUUUCAGUCAGACUAAGACAGUAAAUCGACAUGUGAACAUACUGACUGUAUAGUACCAAAUCACAUCUGAAGACAAAGUGCCAUCAUGCUUCAUCGUUGUGUUAAUUCAUGAAAACGCAUUCACACACUGAUUCGUUCUUUCUGCUGCUUUUACAGUGAUUUGUUUUGAAGGAAUGUGAUCCCUGUUGGGAAUAACUGUCCCCCUAAUCUCUUGAUAAUGAAUGUAUUGGGUUGGCUAUGAAAUGUGUCAUUGUAAAACUAAUGGUGAUGUACAAGUACACGAACAAGCCCAUUGAACCUUGCUUGCCUCUAAAGUAUUUAAUGUAUCCAAAGAGAUGAUUUGGUACAGGUGUUUUUCCAUCUUCUUCCUGUCAGUCUGAAAGAACUCAAACAUCUUCACAUGGACAUUGACAACUCUGAUUUAUUGGACGAAUGUGUCUUAAAGCCAAAUGUUCAAAGGAGCUCAUGAACUGAUGAAAGUUAUUAUGUGAUACUAACUAGAAGCUUUUGUUGAUCUGAAUCUGUUUCCAGUAGUUGAAAGUCGUCUUUUUGAUUCUGGAGUGUACACACUCUCACCUCAUGUUACAGGCUCUUUUGAUAGCUUUAAUUAGUCUUCUUUUGGUACUCUAGCUAUCCAUGGAUGGACCUUAUUCAGCUCCUCAUACUCUCACUGUACAUAAUGUGUAGUGACUUUGCAAUAUUACUUCACCUUUUAACUUUUUGCACAUUUUUGUGUGCUGUCAAAUGUUUAAAAUUGUGCUUCCAAGGGGUUUGUGCUGUCUGAGGUACUGGCAAAGUACAAGUGACAAUAAUUUUAAAUUGGGAAUAAAGUGUUAUUGUCUAAUAAGACAGUUAUGAAGUGUUACUUUCAUUUAAGCACUGAUGUCAGUGGACAGCUUGUUUGCUGUAUUUGCUGUAUGCUUUGGUCAAAUACAAAUAGACAUGAAAAGAAAAACAGUGCCGACAGAUACAUCAGAGAAAAAGAGGAACGCUCACCAUCUUGCUGUAGGUCAGUGCUUCAUCAGAUUUGCCUUUAUCAUUUAAGUCUAGAUGGAUUGUUUUGCACAUGCCUGAAAGUGUGCUCCAAGUGUUGUGAGUUAAAGUCAGUCCUUUUCCACCAAAAGUGCAAACAUAUGGGGAUUUUGUUUCCAUGUUGAUGAAGCAUGCAUUGAACCUUUUGAUGGAGAUGACAUCCAGCUCAGCUCAGAUCUCACAAUCCUCCUCUGGCAGUCUUUUAAGUCUUCUACUGAUAAUAUGAUGCUGCUUGCCAUAGGCCACAUACAGAUGCCAGACACUAAGACUUAAGCUCCUGCUAAAUCCCUUGACGGUGCUUGUAAUGUGGCACACAGUUUUGGAGGAAAUGAUGACUGUGUUUAUAAAAGAUUUCACCAGUGAGUAAAGCGUCAUUCAGUUUAAAGAGCUGGUGCACAGAAGCCGGCACAAUCGAGCGUACAGUGAUGUUAGUGCCCCAACAUGGCUGAGGCCUGGAAAUGACUUUUUCAUAUUGACAGAAGAUUAACAGGAAAAAACAGAGAAAUCUUCCACAACAAACUGAGAAUUUCACUAAGUUAAAGGUUGGUUGACGUUUUAUUUCAUUUGAUACCAUGAGCUUUGUUAUUAUAUUAAUUAGUUCACAUAACAACCAGUAUAUGCAAUGAUUGCAAAACUUGAUGUUUAGGGACAAGAAGUCUUGUUUUCUUUAGUGCUGUGGGAUGUGGAGGCGGUCUUUUUAAGAAUUGGGGUAAUAGAAGUGCAUAAAGUGCCAACACAAGCGUUACAGCAGUCUGAUAAUGAAGUUUACCUAUUAUCACAUACUGCAGUUUUAGAUAUAAUCACAAUCAUCAUGAUUGAUUUGUCCCAAUGUUGUCCUUUGUAUAAUAAACUCCCUCUGAAUAAAA